AUUUUGCGCUUUAAAACAGUGAUGUUUCUUUUGGUUACAGCUUGGUGCAAACCAUCUAAGAAUUCUGAAGGAGCCGAUUACAUCGAAGACGAAUCCGACUACAACGAUGAUACGGUCGACGACGAGGAUCCACCUGAUGAUGUUGUACCACAAAUCAUAUCCAAGUCUGACAAUAUACGCGUAAGCAACGGGACCACAGUAUAUCUGCACUGUCUAUUGAAAAAUGCAGACAGAUUCACGGUCACGUGGAAGAAGGACGACGAAUACAUCUACUAUGACUCGAAUGCAAUGAAACCGGACAAUCAGAGGAUUGUUCGAUUACCGAACAACACAUUAGUAAUAUACAAUGCAACGGUCAAUGAUACUUCGGACGAUUACGAGUGUAGUAUCUUGUACAACCCGCCUAUUACGAUCAAACACAAACUGAUGGUAGUUUCGGAGCCAUCUCCGGCUUCGCCAGCAUUGCCGCCAACCGAGCAAUACAAACCACCAUCACUGAUACGUGUCAUCCCCGCGAAAAAGGUGGAAGUCAACGCUGGUGAAAACGUUACACUCGGCUGUGAAACAAGGAUACAAUCGACACCCGAGAUAAAAUGGUAUCACGAGAACGAGAGAGUCCACAGCAACGUGAUCAUCUCUGGCAACUACAUAACUAUCACGAACAUUAACAAACACGACGGUGGCCGUUAUCAGUGUUUGGCCGAGAACGGAAUGGAAAAUCCACCUGUGGAAGCUAUUACCGUCAUUGUCAAUUAUGGUCCCGAAAUAGACGGCAAGGGAAAAUGGGUGCAUACCGGGCUCGGAGUUGAAUCACGGUUAACAUGUAACGUGCACGCUCAUCCGCGUGCUAAAGUGACGUGGUUCAAGGAUCAGGAAGAAGUAUUACCGAAAAAGGGCAGCAUAGAGAUCAAAGUGAACAGAACGCGGCACAUCCUCGAGAUCCUACAUACCAAAAAGGAACACUUGGGAAAUUACAUGUGCGUGGCGGAGAAUAGACUGGGACGAACGGAGAAAAUUAUUUCUCUCACCGGUAUUCCUACUCAAGCGACAAUUUCCGGUGGUGAGAUGACAAAGACCGCCUCGGGAUUGAUAUUGAAAUGGCAAUUGGAAAGCCAUUCGCCGAUUACCGAAUACAAGCUACAAUAUCGUCGCAAAGGAGACGAAAAUUGGACAGUUGCGAAGCCUACGGUAACGAAUGGCAGGGGAUAUCAGUUCACUGUCGAAUAUAUGGUCCCAGUAGAUGAACCUGGAUCGUACGAAGCAGUCCUUAUGGCUAGAAAUGAUUUUGGAUGGUCCCUACCGUCGGAUCCACACGAAUUUGUAGGAGAAUACACGGAUGAGCAAGUUGAUAAUGUUAAAGGAUCGGCGUCUCAACCCGUGUUAGACAUUGCAACGUUAUUCCUAGUCGUUUCGUUCUGUGCCUUUACAAGUCUGUAAUUUACUAAACUCCUUAAACUAUAUAGGUAAUUUGCUGCAGCCAAAGCGUGUACACCAGCAAAUGCAAUGGUGGGUUUAGUGAAGCAAGAAUGUCUAGGAGAACUGUACAUUGCUGGUGUAAUAUAUUUUUAAAAAUAAUGUAUUAACUAUGCUUAUGUUUUAAGCACGCGCUAAACGAUCAAUGUGUUCUCUAUAGGAAAAUAAUAUUCACGAUAGCACGUUAUCUUAAAUUCUUUUCUUUGUACUCCUGCUUGUUGUUCGUGCGGAAUUUCAUGGUUCGGAGAAGAAAGAUUUGUACAGUCGUUUCUGUGCAAGUACAACAAGCACGGAUCACUUGUCGAAAAUUUAAUUGUGGGCAUUCUUUGUGCAUAAAAGAAUAGUUUCAGAUUAUUCGGCACACAUUAGAUAAUUCUCCUAGAUAUUCUAGUGUGUAUUAUUAAGAGAAGAAGAGCAUUUUAAUUGUACUCUAAAUCAAGAGUAAGGGAUAUUGUACUUUAAAAUAUAUUUAUAUAUCUAUAUAUAUAUAUUAUAUAUAUACGUACAUAUAAUAUAGUAUUCAUUGUACAUGUAUAAGUUCAGAGAUACAUGAUCAUUAUUAUAAUUUAUUUUUGUAUGCUUAAGAUUAUUAGAUUCGUACUCUACGAUGUUGUUUAGUGCCAUGUACGCAACUUUAUUUUAACUAUCGAUCGUGUACAGAAAUUGGCACUGAUAAGCCAUCCUUCGAUCGCGAAAGAAGGACAUGUAAGUAGAUACCUAAUGUGUAAUAGCAAAGAAAUAACGUUAUUAAGAAUCAAUGUAGUUGAUCGACGAAAACACGCGGGUUGAAAGCAUAUAUACCCGACCGGCAUGUUUCGAAAAUAGAUAAAACUAGAAAUUGCCUCUUAUUUCCUAUAUGUGCUUUCAAUUCGAAUAAAUCUGACUUCAAUGUACAAUGUUUUAAAUGGACAUGAAUGCCUGGUGAAGAGUGCAAGAAGUGAUGUAUCGUUUUCCAAAAGCUUGGUAGCUUUAGCACAGACACAUGUCGUUGCAUUGAUUUAUAACACCCGUUACGAUUAAUAGAUUAACAAAGUAUAAGUGUAAAAUACAAUCGGUUCCA